CCGAAGCGGCCUACGGUGAAUUUGUGUCAUAAAAAUGCAUUCAAUAUUUCGAAGUUGCAGGCGAUUGACAGCGCAUUAUAAGCUUAAUUCAGAAUUUCAGAGACGUCGAGAGUGGGUCAGAUGUACCGUGCAUUCACAUAAAUACACGUCAGAAUGCGGACAAACUUAUGAUGACGCAUUUUCCAGGUCGAUCAACAACCCUUCAGAGUUUUGGGGUGAAGCAUCAGAAGAUAUUGUUUGGCACAAGAAGUGGACGAAAGUUUUGGAUGAUUCCAAUUCCCCAUUUACUCAGUGGUUUGUGGGAGGAGAAUUGAACACAUGCUAUAAUGCAGUGGAUAGACAUGUGGAUUCAGGCAAUGGGGACCAAGUGGCUAUUAUAUUUGACAGUCCUGUCAGUAAGCAAAUGGACAAAAUCACAUACAAAGAACUUUUAUACCAGGUUACUCAUCUGGCAGGUGCCCUGAGGAAGCAUGGGGUAGAGAAGGGGGACAGGGUACUGAUUUAUAUGCCCAUGAUCCCCCAAGCUAUUAUUGCUAUGAUGGCCACGGCCAGAUUAGGGGCAAUUCAUUCUCUUGUUUUUGGAGGGUUUGCAGCAAAGGAGCUGGCAGUUAGAAUAGAUCAUGCAGAGCCUAAGGUUGUCAUUAGUGCUAACUGUGGGGUAGAACCUAAUAGAAAUGUCCUGUACAAACCCAUGCUGGAUGCUGCUUUAGAAAUGGCCACCCAUAAACCAAAGAACUGCAUCAUUUACAACAGACCAAUGUUUCCAUUCUGCACAUUUAACAAAGGUCGAGAUUUAGACUGGGAGAUAGAGGUUGAGAUGUCUAAACCAGUAGACUGUGUCCCUGUGGGAUCUAUGGACCCCGCCUACGUUCUCUACACCUCAGGGACAACAGGGCUCCCAAAGGCGGUGGUCCGGCCAAGUGGAGGUCAUGCCGUGGUCCUGAAGUGGUCAAUGUGGAAUAUUUAUGGUCUGAAGCCAAAGGAGGUGUGGUGGUCAGCUUCAGAUCUGGGCUGGGUUGUAGGACACUCCUACAUUUGUUAUGCCCCUUUACUCAAUGGAAACACUACCAUAGUGUACGAGGGUAAACCUGUGGGUACCCCUGACCCUGGUGUUUACUUCCGCAUUCUGAAGGAACACGAUGUAGCAGGGAUGUUUGUAGCCCCUACAGCAAUCCGGGCCAUUAGAAGAGAGGAUCCAGAUGCCUCUUUCGCUCAGAAGUACCUUCCACUGCCAAAGUUUCGAGGUCUGUUUGUGGCCGGUGAACACUGCGAUAAGGAGACACUGGAGUUUGCUCACUCUGUUCUGAACGCUCCUAUACUGGACAACUGGUGGCAAACAGAGACUGGGUGGGCCAUCAGUGCAACUUGUGCAGGGUUAAAUAUGUCCUUGUCCCCACCCUCAGGGGCUGCUGGCAAAUCUGUACCAGGCUGGAAUGUUCAGGUUUUAAGGAAAGACUUCUCACAGGCUUCCACUGGUGAGCUGGGAGACAUUGUUGUCAAGCUGCCUUUGCCACCUGGAGCAUUUAGUACUCUGUGGAAAAAUGAGGAACGAUUCAAAAAGACUUAUUUCGAAAGCAAACCAGGCUACUAUGACACCAUGGAUGCAGGCUAUAAAGAUGGAGAAGGCUAUGUUUAUGUCAUGGCAAGAAGUGAUGAUGUCAUCAAUGUGGCUGGCCACAGACUCUCUACUGGUGCAAUAGAAGAGGCAAUCAUGACAAGUGAGGAUAUAGCAGAGGUGGCAGUGGUGGGAAUACCUGACACCCUCAAAGGACAGGUUCCCCUGGGACUGUGUGUACUAAAGCAUGGAGUGCAUAAGUCUGCAGAUGAAGUUUUAGAUCAUGUCAGAGAUGUAGUGAGAACAAACAUAGGACCAGUGGCAGCCUUCAAGCUCGCAGUCAUCGUCCCCAAGCUACCAAAGACUCGAGCUGGAAAGAUAGCUCGUAGUACCAUAGCUCUCAUGGCAGCUGGACAGCCUUUCAAAAUUCCUGUAACCAUUGAGGAUGACACUGUGUAUCCAUACAUCAGGGAUGCUCUACAACAGAUUGGCUAUGCCAAACAAUACCAGCCACUCUAGAGGACCCUGAUGUUUAUUCUAAACUAAAGGUGGCAUUUGAAGACGCAGGAUUUACUGUGGGUAAUCCUCAAUAAAGUCCACUGACAAUAUGUGUGGCUAUGUGAACUACUAUACACCAUACUAGAGCACCGAGGAAAAAGCAGCAUUGGAAGAUGUCCAUGACAAAAUAAUUUUAACUCAGACUUAUUGAAUGUCUAUAGAAUUGGUUUGGUUGAAGUAAUGUUAUCUGCAUGCUAGGGCAAUGUAUGUUAUUAUCUAUAAUCCUAUAAGUAGUCACUGUAUAUUUAGUGUAUUUUAUUCUGGGUUUGUUAUGAUAAUCAGAUUUUAUACAUGUUAAUGUGUGUCAUACACUUUUUCAGAUUUAUCUAGUCUUCCAGAAAUAGACCAUUACUUUUCUAAAGAUCGCAUAUUAUGUAGAUGUUUAUUGGAAACAUGGAAAUUUACACAUGGGGCUUAUUUAAGCUACAUGUAAUACAUGUAUGUGAUAAGAUGGCUUUUGCAGAAAUAGCCAUGCCCCAACCUCACCCCACCCAUCAAACCCCUUACCAAGGUCUUAAUUCAUAAUUUAUACAAUAACAAUAGAUUAUCAUCCUAGUAUAGCCAAAUUAACCUCAUAUGUAUGUUUAUUUUUUUGUUUUGUUGUUGUUGUUUUUUUUUUUUUUGCAACUAAUAUGCGUACAUUUAUAUCCACUUUUACAAUAUUGAGACAAUUUAAUACUUUUAUUAUUCAUAAUAUAAUGUCAUUUUGUAAACAACAUCUACUUAUAUAUACACAGGUGUGCAGGAAACCUUCACCUGUCCUUUUCAUCUCUCUUGUUAUCUUCAAACACCCCUUAUCUUUUCAUGUCCCCUGUUUUACAGCCUCCCUCCCACACUUUUAUCCCCUUCCACCCUUUUUGUCCACCUUGCCCCUACCCAUUAUUGAUUUCAAAAGAUCUUCUCAUUGCAAUUAAUCUUGUCCAGAUAUGGCAUGAAAUCUCAAAACUGAAUAUAAUCUGUGUGUUUGUGUUUUACACUGGCGUGACUGGGAUAAAAAAUGUUAUGUUAAUUUGUGUGAAAUAUUCUUUCAGCUGUUCAGCUGUAUUUUUAUGUCAUAUGUAUCAUAACUAAGGCACUCUUUUGAUGUCAUAACUUUUGUUACAAGAGUAUUCUCUCUCUCUCUCUCUCUCUCUCUCUCUCUCUCUGAUAUUUAUACCAUUAUAAAGGUACUCUAUGUGAUGUUAUUACCAAUUUACUUUUUCUUGAUAAUAUGGAUGUGUGAUGGGUAAUUAGGAAGAUUCAAGAGAUAUUUUGGUGCCAUAUUGGAUCAAAGAUCAUUUUAAAAGUCAAAAUUAUUGAUAUGCCUGUCAAAACUUGAGUAACAAUAUGUUACUUUUAUGUGGUGCAAGAAUAUGCAAAUAGGUAGAGGAUGGUUAUAAAGGAAGAAGUGUUGUAUUUUAACAGAGUUCAAGGUCAAAAUGUUAAUUGCACAUUCAUAUUGUGGGCCACUAUUUGCUUUUCAGGUUCCCUAAAAUGGUACACAUGUAUGAAAUAAAAAGUACCUAAUACUGCUUGAAAUGGUUGUGAUUCUGUCAAAUACAUGUACAAUUUUGAACAACUAGUACAUAUACUGUAUGCAGGGUUAUUUUCGCCCUUUCACACUUGCAAACAAUUUUGCCCGUUUAAUUUCGACCAGUCACAGUUUUGUUUUAGAAAUUAUACUGUUUUCUUUGAAUCCGCCCCGUCUUAAAUUCGCCCACUUGUGUCUUAAGGCAAAAGGGACGAAAUAGAACGGCGAAAAUUUCCCUGUAUUCAGUAUUACUUGUACUUUAUCAAUGAUGACCAGUAUUCUUUUUCAUUUUUAAGUGAACUUUAAUUCAGACUGUAAAAAUUAAUAGCUUAUCAAUUAACUUCUCUGAUGACUGUUUUUGAUAGGGAAUUUUGGUGUUGGAAGGCACAAAUGGGACAUCGCAUCAAUUGUUAAGUUUAAAAAAUGUUUUUUACUUCCAUGUAUACAUCAUGUUAUGCAAUGAAUGGUAAUUAUGCAAGGCAUCAGAUUUUAACCUAGUAUAUACAAAUUAUCUGUUAUUCAUUGUUUUGUUAGAUGAGCAAAAUUAAUGCCUUAAAAAUUGUGAUUAAAAGAAUGCAAGGCUAGUAUUAUACACAUGUAAUGUGUCAUUUUCUAAUAUAUUUUCUUAUAAGAAUUCAUUUGCUUUUGAUUUAUAUACUCAUCUUAAAUAAAUUUUAGCUGGUAA